AUGGCGCUUACGUGUAAGGCCGAGAUGGUAUAUAUACUAUUCUGCACCCGAAAAUCAACGUUGGUUGAUUAUUCGUACCUUUUGGUUGUAUUGGCGGAAGACAGCCGAUACAACGGACAUAUGUCUACCGCAUCUUCUCCUCCUCCUGGGGGGCCACGCAACCUCCACACGCUGCAUGGCGACGUGCUCCACGAAGUCUUGCUCUUAUCACCUGAUCGAAAGUCUCUGCGCCACCUGAUUCUCACGCACCCGGCCAUCUACCACGCGUUCAAGGCACGACGCCGCCUGAUUCUUAGAACCGUCUUCAAAAUGGAAGCAAGCUUCAGUCCCCUGGACAUGGUCGCCGUGGAUUUAUUCCUAGUCCGGCUACAAGCCAAAAAUCUAAUCGAUGGAGCUGCCACGGCACUCCUAACCUGUUACCACUCAUCGAACCUGAAAGAUGAUGCACUCGUAUUCACGAAACGAACAAUAAUCCAGCUACUGGAUCAUGCUCUGCCGCCCACCCGGGAAGCUCGUACGUUCGCACGGGCUGCCAUUCGGACGUACGUGGCUGCCAAUCUCGCUGAGAACGCGCUUCGAUUUCAGGAGGUUUUUCUACGUCGGCUUGAUCCGCGAUCACCCGAACACAGUUUAUGGGCCCAAGAGCUUGUCAUCAGGCUCCGGGCUAUCAAAGGCCCAGAACAAGCGCUGCAACUGCAGCGCAGCAACUGGGAGCUUUACCAAAGGACCCUCGGACCAAAUAGCGACAUUACUUUGGACUGGGCACGUUCAGUUGUUCAUGAACAUCAAUGUGCGGGCGAUCACCAGAAGGCAAUUCUCUUCCACCAACCAGUCAGAAACUCUCUGGAUCCCACAACGGCGCAGUAUGUCGCGUGGUCACGACAGCAAAUACAAAUGCUGAAGAAGUUAGAUCAGAUUGAAGAAGCUCUCUUAGUCAUGGGGGACGUCUGGCGCCAUCUUCAACCUGAUUCAGGACGAGCCGAUGCUGCAGUUGCGGUUUGCGAGACUGCUUGGACAGCCAUAAAGACAUCCCUAGAUCGCUUACCCAAUGACAGAACCUGGAAAUAUCACGCCCAUGGAGCUGCACUUAUGCUUGCCAAAGCAUAUCGCCGAAACAAUCGAAAAGAAGAUGCCAUAUCUCUUGAAGCAAUAUCGAAAUCGCUUCGUACAUCAUAUGGUCGAGUAACAAAGAACUCGGGAUCGUAUUCCAAAGGUUCCGUGCUUGCGUUUUGGAACGAGUAUCUUGCAACCAAUGAUGCCAACACAACACGAACUUCAUGCAAGGCGACAUGGGAUCCUGGACAUCCCCGAGAGCCUGCUGCGAAAGGGAUGUAA